AUGAGAGUUCUAUUGACAGGAGGCUCCGGCUUCAUCGCCGCCCAUGUGCUUGAGUACCUUCUCGAGCACAAGCAUUCCGUCGUCACAACAGUCCGCUCUCAGGCAAAGGCAGACAAAAUCGCUCAAGCACACCCCAAUGCCGGAAAAGACCAGCUUGAUUUUGCCAUUGUCGAGGACAUUGCUCAAGAAGGAGCUUUUGACAAGGCUGUUAUCUCUGACCCGCCGUUCGAGGCCGUCAUUCACACUGCAUCGCCGUUUCACUUCAACGUUACGGACAUCCAGAAGGAGCUGCUCGAUCCCGCAGUCAUUGGCACCACUGGAAUCCUGAAAUCCAUCAAAAAGAGCGCUCCAAGCGUGAAGCGUGUGGUGAUUACGAGCUCGUUCGCCAGMAUCGUCAACCCCAAUCUAGGUACCGCUCCAGGCAAGACCUACAGUGAAGCGGACUGGGAUCCCAUCACACACGAACAGGCCCUCAAGGAGCCAUCCGCCGGUUAUAGAGCCUCCAAGACCUACGCCGAGAGGGCAGCUUGGGACUUUGUCGAGAAGGAGAAGCCAAACUUCACCCUCGCAACCAUGUGCCCACCUCUUGUACUUGGACCAAUCGUUCACUACCUCAACUCCCUCGAUUCACUCAACACAUCAAACCAGCGCAUUCGUGACGCAAUGCUCGGAAAGUUCAAAGAGGAGGUACCACCUACGGGCACUUUCAUAUGGGUCGACGUUCGCGAUCUUGCUCUGGCCCACGUCUUGGCUAUUGAAAAGGAGGGAGCAGCGAACAAGCGGUUCUUCAUCACUGCAGGAUACUUCACCAACAAGGGAAUCUUGGAGGUUGUUGCAAAGAGUCAGCCGGAGGUUAUGACCAAGGAUACCAAGACCAAGAGUGGUGACUUUCCUGAGGAAGGCAUCUAUGGAUUUGACAACUCUCGGUCCAAGGAGGUGCUGGGACUGCAAUAUAGGCCGUUCGAACAAGCUAUUGUGGWUACUGUCAAGAGCUUGAAGGCUGUUGGCGCAUGA